AUGACUUCCGUCAAUUCAGGAGAUGAAGCACCAAUAACAAGAAAGGAAGUUAUUGAAAUAUUGAACAAAGUUGUAGCAAGACUUGAGCGAUACAUCACAAACACUCUUUUAACUAAAAAAGAAAAAUCUUCUUUUGAAAGAACGUUAUUUGCUCUUCAAGAUGCAGGAUCUAACAUUAUAUCAAGCUUACCUUCAAAUAAGAAUGGACAUAAAUAUAGUUCUUCAAAAUUCAAGCAAGGACAAACAGAUUUAACUCAAAAUUGGAAUAAAUUUAAGUUAAAAGUUUACACAAUUCAGAUAAAAUCGCCAGAACAACUAUGUUUAGAUGUUUUACCUGACUCCCUAAGAAUAAUGGGUCAAACAUUCAGUGAAUUGAUCGAUUCUAUCCCAAACUCCAAUCAAGGAAAGUAUAUUGACUUAAGUUCCCAAUUGUCUGAUUCAUGUUCAAUGUUUGAACGAUCAACAAAUGAGUUUUUAGAAAGUAUAAGGUCAGAUGAGGAUAUAGAUAACGAAAUUCAUAAUUACAAGAAAACAAUAAGUAGCUACAGACGUCAUUUGUUCAAAAACUUCGAACAGUUAUUCAGAGUCAAAGCAUUAACUACAGAAGAUAAAACUACACUAAUUAGCGCUCAUCUUGAUAAAAUGAUAGAAGCAUUAUUGACUUUAGGAACUGAUCCUUCAAAAGAUUUGCCUAAAACUAUUAUUCAUUGCGAUGAUUAUUUGAAAAUUUUAUUAAACGAUGAUGAAAACGAUAAUCCAACUAUCAGCACACUUCUCCCAGGAUCAUUGAAUGUAGUUUCACCCACAAAACAGCUCUCAAGCAAAGUUCAGAGUAUAAAAUCUCAAAAAUCUCCACGUGCAUCAAUAAUUUCAAGAGAAAUUGAGUCCCCUGACUUGAACAGUUCGAUUGUAGACGAUGAACAACAGGUCAGCAAUCUAAAUGAUGAUAUCUCAAAAACUGAAAAGGAAAAUUUGGCUUUGGAACAAGAACUUCGCGAUCUUGAGAACUACAAAGAUAAUUCACAAUCUCUUGACCAGUUAAUUGAGGAAUAUCUUAAAGAACGCAUUGAAAAAUUAAAUAAUGAAAUUUUGGAAAUGCAAAACAGAGUCAAAGCCAAGAAUGAUGAACUUGCUGAGAUAGGCAUUCAAUUUAAUAAAGAACAAGCUGAAUUGGCUGCAAAAUCUAAAAAAUUAUCAGAAGAAUACGAAAAUUUGUCGAUUUCAAGUUCUUCUAAUGAGAGGAAUCAAUUAAUUGACCAGAAAUCAUCACUAUCAAAGGAAUUCCAAAGAGUUUGUGCGAAAUUGGAAACAAUUUUAAGUGAUACGAAGCUUUAUCAGCAAAAUACACCACAAUUGAUCAAUGAGGAAGAAUCUUUGCAUGAUCAAACCAGAAAACUUAAAAAUGAAGGAAAAGAUCUUGAAAUUAAUUUGGAUAGUCUUCAAUCUCAGUCAUCUAAGCUCUCCAGGUAUGGUGAUGACAUUUAUAACCAAAUAAAUCAAAGAAUUAAUGAAGAAAUGAACCAAGUUUCCUCAUUGAAAAGAACAAAAAGCGAAUUAGAAGACGACAUCAUCCAAGAAUUGCAAGAAAACUUAAGAAUUACAAAUAAAGAACUAUCUCGUAUAUCAAAGCAGCUUCAAGACAUGAAGAAAUUGUAUGAUGCUGCAAGAUUUACCAGAAUUAGUAAUUCUUUUCAAGAAUUAGUAUGA